UUAACGACGUGCCCUUCGGAAAUUCCUUAGGUCGCCUCGGUCCUUUGGAAGACCCCGCAGAGCGAGAACGCGGGGAAGACUUGCUCUAGACUGCUUUCAAGAGUAUCAGCACUACCAAAACAUAUAAGCGUCUUCACAGAAAAGAGAGGCUGGGCUUGAAAAGAAAACAACCUUACUUGAACAAUUGUUUAUUGUCUUCAAACGCCGUCGAAAGUGUACAGUUAGAUUUUCACAAUGUCAGCCGAGAUGGAAAUAGACGGGGUACAGUUGAAGAGCAAAGCCAGUUCCAGCGCAACAACAUCAUCAAAAUCUAAGAGAUCAGGACCUCUAGCACCGGGCAUCGCAUUCAUAACUGGCGGUGCCCGAGGUUUGGGCAACGCCAUCGCCGUUUCAUUUGCGAAAGAUGGUGCGAGAGGUGUGGUAAUUGUGGAUGUCAAUCAAGAAACCUUGAAUGAAGGGAAGAAGAUCGUUGAAUCUUAUGGGACGAAGGUCUGGUUUACGAGUUAUCAAGGAUGAGAACCUGAAUCUUAACUUGUAUGUUUCGCAGUGCCUAGCUAUUCAAGCCGAUGUCACAAAAGAAGAAGACAUCGAGCGAGCAGUCGCAGAAGCUGUGAAAGAAUUCGGCAGGAUUGACUAUGCUGCCAACUUCGCAGGUAUCCUCGGGCCAAUGGAUCAAACCUCCGAGUUGCCUCUCGAAGGUUUCCAGAAGGUCAUGGCUGUGAACUGUACCGGUGUUUACUUGAGCACCAAGCAUGAGCUCAGACAGAUGAUGAAGCAGGAUUCUAUUGAAGUUGAAGAAGGGCGAGUUGAACAAAGAGGUUCAAUCGUCAACUGUGCAUCCGUCAACUCCGGCAUGGCUCUCCCAGGCACGCUUCCCUACACAACAGCCAAACACGCAGUUUUGGGGAUCACACGAACAGCAGCACUCGAAGCACGCUCCCAAGGAAUUCGCGUAAACGCAGUCUCUCCUGGGUUCUUCCUCACAGACCUUCUCAAACCCGUCAUUGGGACCGUCGUACCAACUGCGUUCUACGAUGCGUGUGAAACGAGACAGGGCCGAGCUGCGAAGUUCGAGGAGGUCGGUGAUGUGGUGGUUUUGCUGAGUGGGCCGAGGAUGAGCUUGGUGAAUGGGGCCAACCUGCCAAUUGAUGGGGGCUUCACUAUUAAUGAGGCUUGAUGAGACAGGGGGUUGAAAGGAUCCGUAGUGGAAGGGUAAGAGCUGGAUGGAUGGUGAUUGAGU